AUGGCCAUUACACUGGACAGCGGCAUUGCGCUUGUCACGGGCGCUGCCUCAGGAAUCGGCAAGGAGACGGCCUUUGCCCUCGCCCAAGCCGGCGUAGAAGGUGUCAUUCUUGCCGAUUUGAACCAUAGCGGCGCUGAAUCAGUCGCGCAGGACAGUCAAAAAUGGGCCACUCACUCCAACUUUCGCGCCACGGCAGUCCAGGUGGACGUCUCUGAUGAGGCUGCCGUGAACAAUAUGGUUGAGGCCGCAGUGAAAGAAUUUGGCAGAAUUGAUUAUUGUGUACAUUCAGUAGGGAUGGAAAGUAUUUCCGGGGCGGCAACCCAGCAUCUCAAGAUUGACGUCUAUGACCAGACAAUGGCCGUCAAUGCUAGAGGCACAAUGCUGGUCUUGAGAGCCGUCUCGGCGGCGAUGGCUAAACAGGAGCCUCGCAUGCACCAGAGUGCCCGUCAUGGUACUUCACGUAGCCUUGGCCGUGGCUCUAUUGUCGUGGUUAAUUCUGUGAAUGGCAAUAUGGUAGCGCCUGGGAUGCUGUCAUAUACAGCUUCCAAGCACGCUGUAGUAGGCAUAGCCAAAACAGCAGGUAAGCCGUCCACCAAAGAGCCCUCCCCACACCUUGCAAAGAUUGUUCGUACUAACGUUCUCGUUCUCCCCCUAUUAGCUAUUGACAACCUCAAGAACCAUAUCCGAGUAAACAUCGUUGCCCCCUUCCACACCGAAACUGCAAUGUUUGAAGCGAACUUGAAGCGAUACCCUGAAUUGGGCGUUGCUAUAAAGGCAAUGACGCCCUUGAAAAGAGCUGCAUCCGCCGAGGAAGUUGCGGAUCCUAUCGUGUUCCUGUGCAGCCCAGCAGCAAGUUACACGAAUGGAGCCACGCUGAUCAUCGACAGUGGAGUAACACUCACCAUCCCCCGAACCAGUCUGUGA